AUGGGUCUACUACAGCUUGGCACUCCCCUCGGCUGGGACAAAGCCAAAGAUGCUGCUGGUCAAGUAAGAGAGUGGGGAAUCGAGCAGCUGCUAACGAUAUGGCGGAAGAACAAGGACAAAGAAAGAGCGAUGCUGUUGUGGGGUGACGAAAUCGAGUAUCUUGUUGUUGAACUUGACCAAGAGCAGCAGAAGGCAAGACUUUCACUCAGCCAAGCAGAAGUCUUACAAGCGUUAUCGGAAGAUAAGGAGCUUCAGAAACAUGGUCCUAUCGUACCUGACUACCAAGGUGGUGAAGUGGUCAAAAACCAAGCUACGUUACCUACCUUCCAUCCAGAAUUUGGUCGUUUUAUGCUAGAAGCAACGCCAGGAAAACCGUGGAGUAUCGAUUUCAAGGAUCUCCUUGAGGUGGAAGAGGAUAUGAAACUACGAAGAGUUAUCGCAAAGCAACAUAUGGGCAAGGGUCAAUAUCCAGUAACUUUGACAACCUUUCCUCGACUUGGCACAAAAGACGACUUUAUCACGCCAUAUUAUCCUCCCUCAGGUCCUGCCCUACGAUCACAAUUCGUGCCGGAUGAAAUUGCUAAUCCGCAUAUCAGAUUUCCUACACUUGCUGCAAACAUUCGUAGUCGAAGAGGUCGGAAGGUGGAAUUGAAUGUGCCUGUAUUCCACGACGACAAGACGCAAUGGCCGUUUCACGAUCCCACAGUGAACUAUCAUAUGCAUAACUGGCCUGAAGACGACGACGUACGAAAUGGUGCUGCUAAAGAGAAUUGUGUAUACAUGGACGCAAUGGCUUUUGGAAUGGGUAGUUGCUGCUUACAGAUCACAUUUCAAGCGAAGAAUAUUAAUGAAGGGAGAGUACUAUACGACCAACUUUCGCCCUUGGGUCCAAUAUUGCUUGCAUUGACUGCAGCUACACCGAUAUACAAAGGUUUCCUCGUGGAUACAGACGUUAGGUGGAACCAGAUCAGCCGUGCUGUCGAUGAUAGAACUCGGGAAGAGCUUGGUGAGGUACCCUUGAAGAACGAUCGAUGGCAGAUUCCUAAGUCUAGAUACGCGUCAAACAGCACAUAUAUCGCCCAAGACUCCCGUUUGAGACCGGAAUAUCUAGACCCCAACCUUGUCAUCGAUCAAAAACUCAAGCAGAGACUGCUCGAUGGAGGUAUGGAUGACAUGCUUGCAACACACUUUGCGCAUCUCUUCAUCAGAGAUCCCCUGGUCAUCUUUGCAGAAGAUCUAAAGGAGCUCGAUGUUAAUGGCUCGAAUCAUUUUGAAAAUCUGCAGUCCACGAAUUGGCAGCACAUGCGUUUCAAACCACCUCCACCUGACAACCCGAAUAUUGGCUGGCGAGUGGAAUUUAGAAGCAUGGAAAUUCAGAUGACAGACUUUGAGAAUGCAGCGUUCAGCAUAUUUAUCGUUCUGCUUUCGAGAGUCAUUCUAUCGUUCGAUCUCAACCUAUACAUACCAAUACCUCGGACAACGGAAAACAUGGAAGUAGCUCAUAGAAGGGAAGCCGUGCUGAACGACAAGUUUUGGUUCAGGAAGAACCCUUUCCCCCGGAAGACUACGCCUUCGCCUUCACCUCCACUACAACCACAGCACCAUGACACAAACCAGACAUCGUCAGAAAAGCCUACAGUAAAUGGCUUUGCAAAUUCCGCAUCUGGUGCCCACUCAUCCGAUCUGCCUCCAGUAGACGACGAAUACUGCCUGAUGACUGUCAAUGAGAUCAUCAACGGUCCAGGGUCAAUGGCAGGGGAUAAAGGCUCUCAGUUUCCGGGACUGAUACCACUGGUACGACAUUAUCUAUCGUCCCUUAAUGUGAGCGUGACUACUCGCUGCCAGCUCGAGCGAUACCUGGACCUCAUAGCUGGUCGAGCAAAUGGUAGCCUCUGGACAAAUUCUAAGUGGAUCAGGCACUUUGUUCGAGAGCAUCCUGAAUAUAAACACGAUAGCGCUGUCAGUGAAAAGGUGACUUAUGAUUUGAUCAAUACUGUGGUGGCAGAUAUUGAACAGAGAGAAGAUUGGUCAAGCAAAAAUGGGGCUGGCUGGGAGAUCUCUCGGAGUCUUGAUCAAGAGCCGGACUGUAUAGCUAUUGUACCUGACCAUCCACAAUAUGUGGUCAUCGGCACGUAUUCUCUGAGUGCUGCAAGUGACACUCCACAGACCAAGAGAGGCUCUCUUCAGAUCCAUACAUACUCUCCGGAUGGCGAUCGAGACGUCGAGCUCGAUCGUCUCGAUUUCGACUUUGGCAUAUAUGACCUCCAAUUUCACCCACUGCAUCAUGAAUGGCUUGGAGCUGCGACUAGCCAUGGCGAGAUUCGAUUCUAUGCCGUCACAUCCCACUACGACGAGGUCACUGAUGAGCUACACAGUUUGAAACUCACAUAUUACUGGCAUGUUCCCAUAGAACCUCAUUCAGAUAAUGGAAACCAGGCAAUAAUCACAUUCUUCCAGUUUCUUGAAACCGAAAUCGGUAGACUUCCCUCACUUGUGACAACUACACAAUUCGGCAAUACUAGACUUGUCAAAGCGCCCAUUGCAGGAGCCACACCUGAUUUGUCGCAGAAUAUUGUCAUUCACAAACAGUCGAUGGAACUUGAGGCCUGGACUACGGUAGCAGUGGUGGACACGAUCACGAAUCAAAUACUCAUACUGUCUGGUGGUGAUGAUAGCCAGCUGAUUAUUUCUUCCAUCGCACUAUCAGGUGGUAGCUAUACUGAAGCUGAUGCUAGGCUCGAUCUCACGAGACUAUCGCCCCAAAAAUUGCUCGCAGAUAGGCGGAACCAUUCAGCCGGUGUCGUGGCCAUUUGUUGGUUGGGGAGGCAUCCUUCACACGCCAUGGGAGAAGGGACAGACGUGCAAGAUACGCCGGCUCAGUCACCUCCAUACCUCUUCCUUACAGGCUCUUACGACGAGCAUCUGCGCCUUUUUCUGCUCCCGUCACCAUCCUUGCAUGAUCAGAAGUCGAGAUUGGAGACUAUUGGCACCAUCCAUCUUGAAGGUGGUGUAUGGCGUAUCAUCCUCCUCGACACCUACACCACUGAAGUUUUGGUGACAAACUACAUUCUGUUGAUAGCAGGACACGCUACUGGAGCUUUUGUCGUGAGAUUAACAUGCAAAAGAGGACUGGACGAUGAUUGGGAAUAUGCAUUCAAGGUCGAGAAGCAGUUUACGGAGCAUGAGAGUUUGGUGUAUGCCGUUGUGGCAAAGAAGGACGAGCUCGUGCAUGGCAAGUGGGACGUGAUUAGUACGAGUUUCUACGACAAGAAGAUCUGCAAUUGGGGCUGGGUAGACGAAGAGAAGGAGUGA